CAACAACAUAAUAACCGAAAAGCAAGAAAAGCAAGUGAUUGUGCCUACAAUUGGGUCAAUAAGAAAAAUGAUGCUUUCCUGGAGGGAUAGAUGGGCUCGAAAUCUCGUUAUUCGAUUUCUGAAUGACUUUAUCACCUCGGGCUGCUUAAUUUUCUUGGAAAAGGAUGGUACAGUUCUCACCUUUGGAGACACCCCACAGGAAAGCUCCCUGAAAGUUUCACUGAAAAUUCACAAUCCUCAAUUUUAUUGGAAGGUCGCAACAGAAGCGGAUUUAGGCUUCGCAGAUGCUUACAUCAAUGGAGACAUUUCUUUUCUUGACCCAAAUGAAGGCUUGCUCAACUUUUUCGUGAUUUAUAUUUCCAGCGAGGAAAAACGAAAAGCUUCUUUGCCAAAUUCUUCAUUCUCCCUAAGAAACUGGCACUGUACACCAUUGUUUCUGUCAGCCGGAUUAACUUAUGCAAAAUCCUUCUUUAAGUAUGUUUUCAAUAAAAAUACCCUUACAGAAGCUCAUCGAAAUGUAUCUCACCAUUAUGACCUGAGUAACGACUUAUUUACCCAGUUCAUGGAUGAAACAGUGGCAUACUCUUGUGCGAUAUUUAAGUCUGUGGACGAAGAUUUGAAAACUGCUCAGUUAAGGAAGAUUUCGUCAUUCAUUGAAAAGGCCAAAAUCAGUAAGGAGCACCAUGUACUUGAAAUUGGUUGUGGUUGGGGAACAUUAGCUAUUGAAGCAGUGAAAAGAACCGGGUGUCAAUACACCGGAAUCACCCUGUCUACGGAGCAACUUGCUUAUGCAGAACAAAAAGUGAAGGAAGCCGGGCUCCAAGAUCGCGUAAAACUUAUGCUUUGUGAUUACCGUCAUCUGCCAGAAACCAUUAAAUAUGACAGAAUAAUAGCAUGUGAGAUGGUCGAACAUGUUGGUGAUGUAUUCCUUGAGAAAUUUUUCAGUUGCUGCGAUUCUGCGUUGGCAGAAAAUGGGAUCCUUGUCUUACAGUUCUCAUCAGUACCAGAUCAGAGGUAUGAAGAUUUCAGAAAAUGCCCAAGUUUCAUAAGAGAAUACAUGUUUCCAGGUGGUAUCAUGUUGUCACUAAACCGAGUCGUGACAGCCAUGACUUCUGCAUCCAAGCUCUGUGUCGAACAUGUGGAAAACAUAGGGUUUCAUUACUACCCUACCCUGAAGAAUUGGAGGAAAAACUUCGUCGAAAGCAAAAGGGAAAUACUUGAUUUGGGGUUCGAUGAGAAGUUUAUUCGGACAUUUGAGUACUACUUUGACUAUACUGCUGCUGGAUUCAAAACUGGUAUAAUUGGGAAUUAUCAGGUAUACACAAUUAUUGGUUUUUCUUUCUUCUCCUUUUUUUUUUUCCUUGGAGGAUUUUACGCACAUAACAUGCAUUAGCUGAUAUGUACCUUUCGUUUUUCUGAAUUAUUAGUAAUUGUUCAAUCAAUUACAAGUUAAUUGGCGAUUGAAAUACAUAAAUUGUGACAGUUCCAAAUGUCGCGUUUUGUUUGUAGGUUGUAUUUUCAAGGCCAUGCAAUGCUUCAUUUUUGGCAAUCUAGGAAACGGUGGAUCUUCACCUUCGUCUUAUUCAUUCAAGAAGCAAGUUUAGCUGAGUUAUAUGCCUAGUAUUAGUCCCUACAGCUUCCCUUCCUAUAAAAAAUUAAAAAUAAUAUAAAUAAAAUAGGAAAGGCUUAAGCAGCUUAACUUCUUCCAUGGAGCUGUGAAGUGUGAGCUUUGUGAUCAGCAGGAAGAAUCCUGUGGUCAUCUGUUUUUCAGAUGCCCUUUCUCACAGGAACUCUUAGUUUCUGUUUCUAAUUGGUUAGGUCUCAAGCUGUGCUUAAAUGAGUUACACUCAUUUGUCAACAGGCUUAAGAAAAUUUAGAGGCAUCAGAGUAUAAAGAAGAGGGUGUUUUUUGCUGUUGUUGUUGCCUGUAUCUACCAUAUAUAGGCUGAACGCAAUAGUAGGAAGUCCCUACAGAAGAGAUUGGAGGUGGAAACUAGAGUCCGAAUGAUCAAGCAGGAGGUUACUUGGAGAACGCAAGUCAUGUGUAAAUCGUUUAGACCAAUAGAGCAGAAUUUUUUGGUCCAUUUGGGCAUUUUUGUAAAUUAGCAAAGCUGUGUAAAUAGUAAAUGAGAUGUGUAAAAACUUGGUCCUCUGUUUUGGUUAUAAUAGAAGUUGCUAUUUUACCCAAAAAAAAUAAAAAAUUCCGUAUUCACUUUUAGAUGUCUCGGUAUCGAUUAUACAGAGACUUUAUCGGGAAUUGAAUGACAGCCUAGUAGUUAGGUUGUUGUCUUUCAUGAUAAUAGACCAGGUUUGAUUCUCACCCAGAGUUGUAAGGGGGAUUUUACGCAUAUUUAAAUGGGG